AUGUCCUCCAACGACGCCCCUGGUUCAUCCACCAUCCAGUCCUACGUUGACUCUGCAGUCGGCGCCGUGCAGAACGUCCUCUCCUCCAUCACCGGCAACCCCGCUGACCAGGCAGAAGCAAAAGCCCUCAAAUCUAAAGCCGAACAAGAAAACCAAAACUCCCACACCACCGCCCGCCUGGGUCCCUUUACCGCAGACCCCAACACCGGCGCCGCCGUGAGUGACAACCAAGACCGCACCUCAGGGUCAUGGAACCAAACCGUCGGUGCCGCCAAGGAGUCCUUCGGCAACUUGAUCGGAAACGAGAACUUGCGUCAAACCGGAAUCCAACAAAAUGCCGACGGUAAGGCCCAGCAAGCAAAGGGCCAGCUUUUGGAUUUGGGUCAGGGCAUGACUGAUCGUGCCCGUGGAGCUGUUGGGGCUCUUGGAUCGGCUGUCUUGGGUGAUAAGGAGGGUCAGGAGAAGUGGCAAGAUUUGCAUGAUGAGGGUAAGACGCGCCAACGCGGCGUUGAGGCUGAUUUGCAGAAGGGUGAGCAAUGA